UGAUGUCUAGUAUGGAAAAAAAUCAUCAAAGUGGAAGAGGCGAAUAUAUAUGCUUUUGGGCGACAUUGAACAACAAGCUUCUUGGCAUUCACGGUCUCUUCGGCGCAUGGGCGUCAUUUUCACACUGAUUUCUGAAAAAUGGGGAAGAAAAAACGGACGUAUGUGAUACCUGCCUACUUCCGUAUGAGAGGACUUACAUGCAUGAAAACGUCUGCGUGUUUGUGGACUAACUCCCUAGGUGUAAAGAAGGGUUUGCCAAAUUCUGCUUUUGCAAGAACUUGUUCUACAAUGAGUUCAACAAUCACCGAGUUUUCACUUGGCAAAGGUCAAGCAUGCCCGCCACUGAAGCCAGGAGUUUUGCGAUUGUACAGCAUGCGGUUUUGCCCGUACGCACAGCGUACACGGCUUGUGCUUGAACAUAGAGAAAUCCCAUUUGAAACAGUGAACGUCAACUUGAAGCGUAAACCCGUCUGGCUGUUUGAGAUGAACCCGAUAGGACUGGUUCCUGUACUGGAAUGGGACGGUCACGUGAUUCACGAGUCAGCCACGUGCAAUGACUAUCUUGAUGAAGUAUAUCCAGGAGAAAAAUUGAAUCCCAGCGAUCCUUACCAAAGAGCAAGGGAUCGCCAACUUUGGGAGUCAAUGAACAAGUUAAUUAGCUCAUUUUACGAUGUUGCUGGUACACAAGGUCAAGACAAGAAGGUCUUUGAUAGAAUGAUGAGGGCUUUCACUAGAUACGAAAAAGAACUGACUUCCAGAGCAGACGGUCCAUUCUUUGGAGGAAAGAAAAUAUGUAUGGCAGACUUCAUGCUGUGGCCGUGGUUUGAGAGACUUCCGGUAGUAAAUGCAAUUGUUCCAGAGACAACUAUAACAGAUUCAAACUUCCCGCGUCUUGCGUCAUGGAUACGUCAUAUGUAUGAGCUUCCGGCUGUGAAGAAGACAAUGUUUGAUAAAGAUUCGCAUGCACAUUUUUUAAAAUCAUUAAUGGUUGAUAAAAAUCCAGACUAUGAUUACGGACUAGUUAAACCAGCUAAUCUAUGAUGUUGUGUUUUCUUUAUAUAUUUAUAUACUUUACACCAAUUCACAAGAGUACUUACAUUUUACGGACCAAAGUAUAUGUAGGCUAUGUCGUCAGUGGACUGUAUCACUGCAGUGAAGGUCCAGGUAUUAGGUCGGACACCUCCGACUUCUUAGAAGCUAAUAUAUCAAGUGGGCUGAGUCUGCCCCGGCCGGGUUGCACGUACAGAUAUUAUUGACGAUAACUACAUUCAGUUACCAAGGUCUGAUGAUUGUUUCAGAAUUAAAAUAUUUUGUGACAAAAAUGUUUUUGACUUAUUUCUUCGUAUAUUCAAGGGCCGAUAUGGUCCCAGUACCAACUGUUAACUUACACAAUCAAAGUAAUACAUUUUUAAUGAAA